AAUAUCAUUAGAAAUAUGGGACAAACUUGUAAACCCACUACCAUCAUUCCGUUGAUUUUAUUCUCUGCACCUCUCAAUUAUUCUUCUUCGUAUUUCGUGUUGGCUCUUCUUCUUCCAGUGAAGACACAGAUUGUACAAUAUUUGCUGUUUGCACUUGUUCUGCCCUAUAAACGGAAAGUACUAUUUGUGGUCAGCUUCAUGGAUUCUCCACAGUCUGUUGUAUCCCCAUUUAAGGAUUCCUCUGUUUUUGCCGACUCCGAGAAGCAAAGCAGUGAAUUUUUCAUCAAGAACCCUUCUGGACUAUCCGAGGGAAUUUCUGCUCGCAGAGAGGAGGCUGAUGCCCGCAACUUGGAGGACUUCAUUGGUGUUCUCGAUGUGUACGUACAUCAGGCUAGAGAUAUCCACAACAUCUGCAUUUACCAUAAGCAAGAUGUUUAUGCAAAACUUUGCCUUACUAGUGAUCCUGAAAAUGCAGUCUCCACUCAUAUCAUUAAUGGCGGUGGGCAAUCUCCGGUCUUCAAUGAGAAUCUAAGGCUCAAAGUUCGUACAAUAAAAUGCUCGGUUAAAUGUGAGAUAUGGAUGAUGAGCAGAGUGAGGAAUUAUUUGGAAGACCAACUGCUAGGAUUUGCGCUAGUCCCCCUUUCUGAAAUCCUUGCCAAAAAUGGAAAGCUAGAAAAAGAGUUCUCUCUUUCGUCAACCGAUCUCUAUCACUCCCCAGCAGGAUUUGUACAGUUGUCCGUUUCUUACAGUGGAACUUCACCUGAAGUGCUUGAAAUUCCUUCAUUGCCUGUAUCUGUGGACACUGAUGCAUCUCGGCCCCCAGAUAGCGAGACACCCGAGUCGUUGCUUAACGAGUUUGAUAAAAUUGAGUUCCCAGAUCCUAAGAUUGUAAAUGAAAAUAAUCUUAUGGUCUCUGAGUACUUUAAUAUACCAGGCACUAAUCUGGACUCUCAAAGCUCAGAUAGCUUUGUCUCUUCUGAUACUGAAAAUCAGCUCAGUCCAGAUGUAGAUGUCCAUAUGGAAAAUUUUCCAAGUGGAGUUGCUAAUUUCCACCAAUAUCCUAAGCGCGAUUCCCCUCCUAGCAGCGUAUCAACCAUCGACUCUCCAUCCGCUUUGCACCCUGCAACCUCUCAGUCCUCUGAUACCCAAGGAGCUUCAAAAUCUCCGGGGGAAGAAUAUGCUUCAGCUCCUAAAGCCAGUGGAGAUGCUGAGAGUAAGAUAUCGGAAACCAAGCCUAGCAGUGCAUUUCCAAAGCCAGUGGUUGCAGUGAACAUUGAGCCAGAGCAAAAGGUUGUGCAACAGGAUAUCGUGGAUAUGUACAUGAAAAGUAUGCAGCAAUUUACUGAGUCCUUGGCAAAGAUGAAGCUUCCAUUGGACAUGGAAACUAGGCCAACAACUUCUGGUAAUUCGAGUUCAGAUCAGACAUCGCAAACACCCAAGAGCACUGGCUCACGGGUGUUCUAUGGCAGCAGAGCUUUUUUCUGAGCUUUUGCGAAUGGUUCUCAGAUGACCUAUAGCGAUUAGGACCAAGUCUAAAAGGAUAAACGAACACUAAGGAUUUUAUGAAUGUGGUGUUUUAUCCAUUUUAUGAUUUUACCCCAUGGAUACUUGAAAUGCUCUGAACUAAUAGACUUGUGUCCGUUGAAGACUUGUUUUACUUCUGUACCUUGUUAAUUAGAACUUUGUGCUUAAUUUAUGCUCAGCAUUUCCCUUGAAAUAAUCUGAUUAUGUGCUGUGCUGUUUCAUCA